AUGGAUUUUGUGCUAGGACUUUCUCGUACUCAAAGAGGUAUGGAUUCUGUUUUUGUGGUUGUUGAUAGGUUCUCAAAGAUGUCACAUUUUAUUCCAUGUCGGAAGACCUCAGAUGCAUCUCAUGUUGCUAAUCUAUUCUUUCGAGAUAUUAUUCGUUUGCAUGGAGUUCCAAAGUCCAUUACCUCAAAUCGUGAUGUCAAGUUCCUCAGCCACAUUUGGAGGACAUUAAGGAAGAAGUUUGAUACCUCUCUGAAGUAUAGCAGUACUAGUCAUCCACAAACCGAUGGUCAAACAGAAGUGGUUAACAGAACCUUAGGAAACAUGAUUCGCUGUGUCUCGAUAAGCCAAAACAGUGGGAUUUGGCUCUGCCACAAAUCGAAUUUGCUUUCAACACAUUUUAGUCAUUUGGCUAAUGUUUCUGUCCUCUCAGGCUUCAUUAGUAUAGCUUGUGGAAUUCCUCCUGAAGAUUCCAACUACAUAGACAAGACAACAGGAAUACGUUACACUUCAGAUGCAGGUUUUGUAGACACAGGUGAAAGCAAGGCUAUAUCCUCUGCUGUUAGGUAUGACUACGCACUGGAACAACAAUUGUUUAACGUAAGAAGCUUUCCUAACGGUAGCAGAAAUUGUUACACUCUGAGACCUGAAGGAGGGAGAGGCAAUAAAUAUUUGAUAAGGGCGUUAUUCUUUUACGGAAACUAUGAUGGUAAAGAUCAACCACCAAAAUUCGAUCUAUACAUUGGAGUUGACUAUUGGGUUACGGUGUUACUGGAUGAUAUCUUCUCUACUUUGAUUCAGGAGAUCAUACAUGUUCCCACUGCAGAUUAUAUAAAUGUUUGUCUUGUAAAAACAGGCUAUGGAACACCAUUCAUCUCAUCAUUGGAGUUGAGGCCUUUGAAUAAUUCUAUGUAUGAAACAGAAAAUAAUGUAUCACUAAAUUUCUUGGGGCGUCUAGAUUUGGGUUCAAUAAGGGGUGACUAUUUCAGUGAAAGUAUCAGGUUGGUCUUAUACAAAGAUGAUGUUUAUGAUCGCAUAUGGAGGCCCUGUAGCGAGAACUACAAGAAGUUAAGUACCCCAUCAUCGGAUUCUACAAUAAAAUCCGACGGUCUGUACCAGCCACCAUCUAAAGUCAUGAGCUCUGCCAUCACACCAAGUGAUACCUGGGAAUCCUUGUACCUUCCGCCAUGGCAGCCUGUCAGUCCCACAGACCAAUUUUAUAUCUACUUAUACUUCGCGGAAGUUCAGUUGUUGCAAGAUAACCAAACCAGAGAAUUCAACAUUUACUUGAAUGGGAACCAAUUGAACCAAGAACCAGCUGUCUCCCCCAAUUAUUUAUCAACAACUACAUUAAUAUACAGCACAGCACCUGUGAGUUAUCCAAAGUACGAGCUCUCAAUCAGAAAGACCAAUAAUUCAACACUUCCUCCCAUCAUCAAUGCCGCAGAACUCUAUGCUGUAAAACAGUCCUUACACUCGCAAACAGAUGAAAUUGAUGCUUUGUAUUUUGAAAUAUUAGUUGCUGCUAUGAUGAGCAUAAAGUCGAGCUAUAAAGUGACGAGAAACUGGCAAGGAGAUCCAUGUGCCCCUCCAGAAUACGUUUGGGAUGGCCUCAACUGUAGCAAAAAUGGUUUAGAUUUCCCUAGGAUCACAUCCUUGAACUUGUCCUCUGGUGGAUUGACAGGGGAGAUAGCUUCUUACAUAUCCAAUCUCACCAUGCUGCAAUCUUUGGAUUUGUCAAACAAUAGCUUAACUGGAGAGGUGCCUAAUUUUCUCUCUCAACUGACUUCCCUAAAAGUCCUAAACUUGAAGAGAAACAACUUCACGGGUUCACUUCCACCAGAUCUGGUUGCAAGGUCCAAUGAUGGUUCAUUGUCAUUAAGUAUUGACUCGAUUGAAGGUGAAAACACAAAUCCUUGUCAGUCGAUUCCAUGCAAAAAGAAAAACAAGAAGGUUGUUCCAAUAGUAGCAUCCGUAGCAGCUGCACUUUGUUUGCUCUUAAUUGCAAUAAUGGUUGCCUUGUGGAUUAUUAAAAGGCGAAAACGAGUCAGAAAGCAGGAUGCUGAAAUAAAUCAAAUAGAUGCGUGCAUGGAGGUGAAAAAUCGACAGUUAACAUACUCUCAGGUUUCCCGUAUAACCAAUAACUUCGAAAGGAUUGUUGGGAAAGGAGGGUUUGGAAUAGUUUACCAUGGUUAUUUAGGUGGCUCUCAAGUUGCCGUCAAGAUGCUCUCUCCGUCAUCAGUUCAAGGGUACAAGGAACUCCAAGCAGAGGCCGAGUUUUGUAUGAGUGUUCGUCAUAAAAACUUAACUUCUCUUGUUGGGUACUGCAAAGAAGGCACCAACAUGGGAAUCAUCUACGAGUACAUGGUUAAUGGAAACUUAAGAACGCAUCUUUUAGAUAAAAACUCAGUUGUUUUGAGUUGGGAAGAGAGGCUGAGAAUAGCACUUGACGCGGCACAAGGGCUGGAGUAUCUGCAUCAUGGUUGCAAGCCACCAAUAAUCCACAGAGAUGUGAAGUCUUCCAAUAUCUUGCUGAAUGAAAAAUUCCAAGCCAAGCUUUCUGAUUUCGGGUUGUCCAGAGUUUUUCCAUCUGAGGGUGGAACUCAUGUAUCAACUACUGUUGCUGGUACUCCUGGCUACAUUGAUCCUGAGUGUUGCACAUCAAAUAGGUUUACGGAGAAAAGUGAUGUGUAUAGCUUUGGGAUUGUUGUCUUGGAAAUAAUUACAAGUGAGCCACCAAUAGCAGGAGGCCAUGAAAAGACUCACAUAAUUCAAUGGGUUAGUUCCAUGCUUGAAAAUGGGGAUAUUAAAGGCAUUGUUGAUCCAAGGCUACAGGGAGAUUUUGAGGUUAAUUCUGUCUGGAAAGCAGUAGAGUUGGCAAUGAGUUGUGUGUCUCACCCUUCCACCAGAAGGCCAACUAUGAAUUAUGUGGUGAUGGAAUUAAGGGACUGUUUGGCACCAGAGAUAGCUUGCCACCAUACAGAAUCCAAAGAUUCAAUUGAAGGACCUAUAAAUCUGGACACAGAAAUGAAUUUCCCAACGAUACGAUAACUCCACAAGUUAAAUAUCUCAUGUGUUUGGUGUUGAAUCUUAUCUACUUAUUGCAUAUUUACAUGUUUGUACUUCGUAAGUUUUAUCAGAACAUGUAGCGACAAUGGACAUAAUAUGCAUGACUGUAAAAUUCAAUAUGGAAACUAUAGAUACAAUUUCGGAGUGUUGCCAGGGGAAGUUAGCUUUUCAAAGCAACUUAAACCAGAAGGGAAUCAUUGAGUAUAAAAUUUGUAGAUACUGUGAAGUAGAGGAUGAAGCAGUUGAGCAUCUACUUCUGAGAUGUCAAAUUGCAGUGUUUGUGUGAAAACUAUCUCCAUUUAUUUAUUUAUUUAUUUUAUUAUUAUUAUUUUUUUUCCCGAGAUGGUAAAGCAAACUCACACACUUUCUCCUUUAAGAUUACAACUUACCAGAUUGGGGAAUAAAGGUUGGAUUAAUUGGUGAACAGAAAGUUAAUGGAAUGUUGCAAGUGAAAAGUUUAAAUGUUGUAGUGGGCAAUUUGUGAAAUGUGUGUGUGAGUACUUACCUAACUUAAAAAAAAAUAAAUAAAAAAAAAAAAAAAAAAAAAAUUAAUAUUAAUAAUAAACUUCUCCCUCUUUGCAACUUGCCGGGAAAAACAGAAAUCUAAAUCCAUUUGCCAAACCUCCUAUUAUUUUUGUGACUUGAACCUUAAACUUCUUUUCAAAUCCAUCCAUCCAAAUAAAGCCUCUUUGA